AUGCCUUACGACUAAUAACUACUAUUAGGGCAUUUCCAUCCCUAUUCCAUUUUUUCCUCUAAAAUGAAGUAAAAGUGAAUAUGUAGUAAGUAAUACUCCAACCCAACUCCAUAUCUCACUCCAUAAAUAAAAUUUACUCCAUAAAUGGAGUAAUCUGUUUUUUGUUUGUUCAUCACUCCAUUAUGGAGUAGAAAAUUGAGUAGGGUUGGAGUAAUUUUACUUCAUUUUCACUUUUACUCAAUUUUGAAGAAAAAAAUGGAGUUAUACAUUGGAAAUGCUCUUAAUGUCUACUCUAAUAGAACUAUAAAAAAACGAAACAAAACCAAAGAACAUUCUUUAACAUGCAAGAAAACGUCUAUAGGAAAGACAGAGCAAUUUGGAAAACGUUCAGUAAAAAACUACUUUUGGUCUUUUUGAGAUUUUACUCAUUUAUAUUCAAGAAACAUUAGACCUUGUGUUUUUUUUUUAAUUGAGAGUUAUAGUAGUUCUCAAGGAGGUUCGUUGAACAUGCAGACGCGGAUAUGCAUCCACUAAGCACAUUAACUCCUUUGCGUUUUGUAUUCCAAAUUCAAAAGCUUUUCCCGAGGUUCACUCAUUUCAUUUACUGUUUGACAAGAAACCUCUUGAGAUUCUUUAACCUCUGGUUCUUCAAUAUAUAGAGGCAAAUCCUCUUGAUUUCUUUAGAACGUGUUUCCCCCACAUUAGUAAAUUAUAAGUCUCUCCUCUUCCACAUUUGGUCUCUCUACUCGUUUUCCUUUUAUUUCCAAUGGCUAAUGGUGUAAAGUUCAGCUUGAAACUUCUCAUUGAUGAGAAGAGAAACAAAGUUGUUUUGGCUGAGGCUGAGCAGGAUUUUGUUGAUGUCCUCCUCAGUCUUUUGACUCUCCCAAUGGGUAUAAUCGCUGGCUUGCUGAAGGAUCACAAUACAAUCCUAGAUUGUUAUAGAAACCUUAACAAAAGUGUUUCAGAAAUGGACAUUCGUCAUUUUGAGAAUGAUGCUUUCAAGAGUUUGUUGCUGUCUCCCAAGAGUAGUAAGGAUAUCCAUCGCAAGAGGCUCAAGCUGAACAUGAGUUAUACUAGUCCAACCGAGUUCUUUGUGUGCCCAAGUUUUUUCAAGAGUGCUUCAUGCGGAAGCAGGGCAUACAGCAAUUUCAGGACAAUAUGUAGCUGUGGAGCUUUGAUGGAUCUUCAGGUUCUUGUCCCAGAAGAAGAACAAGUUGAAAAGGUGAUAGGAGAUGUUGCAGAUGGAGUGUUUGUAAAUUGCCGAUCCUCUUUCAUCAUUACAGAUGAUUUAAAAGUGAUACCGAACUCUAUUGGUGAUCUCAUAAACGUUCUUAAAGAUCUAGGGUACACUGGUUAUAAUGAUCUGCAGGAAACCCUAAUUGAUGUAGAGUUUGAAGAGGUAACUUUUUGUUUUUUCUUUUCUGUAUAAUUGUUGCUUAAUA